UCACAUGUCACUCAAGCCCUCUGAUUGAUUUCCAGAGUGUGGUUUGACUUUGAAGGCUGUAUCAAGCGAAUUGAGACUUCAACGAGAACUAUUUACGUUUACAAAAGAUAGGCAACACGGUAAAGAGCGCUCUUGUCCUGUUGUCACCCCCUGCUCCAGCAUGGACCUUGGAGUGACCCAUCGUCAACGCCACAACCCUGUUGACAGCAUCUGUCGUAAGCUGCAGACCAUCCAGCGGCACGACCGUGAGUUUAACCCCUCCUCGCCCUUCCAGAUCCCAAAGUUCACGUCCAGCAGCUACGACAGCCCCCAGUCCGGCCUGCGCCGCAACCUGGAAGUCAUCCUGAAGAAGCGCGAGAGGGAGGGGAUGUUAACCCCCAAGGGUUCACCCCAGCUUCCCAGGAGCUCCCACUGUCCCAACUCCACCCCAGCCAACCACACCAUGAACCCCCCAACCCCAGUCAAUGCUAAGUUUACCAUAACGAGUAAUCCUGGGGAGUGGACGGGGGUAGGGGUGGGGUUAGGAGGGCAAGGGAGAGGAUGGCAGAGAAACUGCUCCACCCCAGCUGUCCAGACUGGAGACACUUUUUUCAGCUUCUCUCAUGGUCACCGGUUUACUCAGCCUGAGGCAGGGACAUUGUCUGACGGCAGUGAGAGGCACAGGACCCCUUCUCUGUCUCACACACCUGCACAUAGCCUGCUGUCCUACAACCUCAACUUCUGCUCGUCGGACUCCACGGCCAACCUGCUGCAGUGUGAGCUGCCUUACCCGGCCCUGGUUGUCAAGAGACUGUCCAUGGGAGACGGAGCCAUGUCCUCUGAGAACCGGAAGGAGAUGGCUGAGGUCAGUCUGAUCUGUGAAGAGGAUUUACUAGACACCAUUUUCCAUGUUUGUGACACCCAACGCAGAGGUAAGGUGUACGUGUCUCGUAUCGUGGACUACCUGCGUCACACCACCAGCCGUGGUUCUGAGGACAGCGGGCUGGAGGACCUGUGUAAUAUGCUGGACCCGGAGCACAAAGAUGUCUCCAUAGACCUGGACACCUACCACGCCAUCAUGAAGGAGUGGAUCGAUGACUGCAGAAAGAAUGGGGACGACACCCCAGAGGACAUGACUCAAGAGUCUGUCAGACUCCGAGACAGCCUGUCAGCUAAGAGGUCUGUCCUGCUGAACAUGACCUCAGGCAGUCUGGAGGCGUUUGGAGGGGAGGUGUCACGAGCAGAUCUUGAGACGUCAGACCUGGUGUUCUGUGUGACCGACCUGCAGUUCAGUAACCAGAAGCUUCAGGAGGAGGUGAGGAAGCUGAAGCAGAAUGUGGAGACCAUGGAGGACCAUAACCAGAAACUUGCAGAGGAGAACGAGGAGCUCAAGUCCCAGGCCAGACUAGGCCAGCAGCUGGCCCAGAAGGAGAAGAUGUUGAAGGAUGAGGUGGAGGAGAUGAAGAUGAGUCUGAGCUGUACAGAGGAGGGUAGAGCCAGGGCCUCGGCUCAGACCAAACGUAUGGAGAGAGAGAACCAGAGUCUGAUUGUAAAGAUGAGCUGUCUUCAGGAUGAGAACAUCAAGGUCACCAUGGAGAUGGAUGACCUCCAGAAGAGGAUGAUUGAACUGUGUGACCUAAACGCUGAGCUGCAGGUCCAAAAUCAUUCCUUUGAUGCUGUCGUGAGUGAAAAGGAAUCCCUCAUAUUCCAGAAGUGCAGACAGAUUGAGGAGCUGAAGGCUACAGUGGAGGAGUACUCGUCAGUCACAGAGCUGUUGAGAGCAGACAAGACCAAGCUGGAGAGCCAGAUACACAUGAUGCCGCCAGACAUGGCAGUUGCAGGUAUCUCCCUGUCGGUGGCGUACAGGUUGAACCACAGCACUUCAGGAUCCCUGCAGACAGAACUGGCCCUUGCUCAAGCACCUCCGGAGGGUGCGGCAUGUGUGUCGCCGCUGAGCUUUGCAUCUGUGCUAGAUGAGACUCUGGACAGGGAGGUGUUCCGGCUCCUGCAGGGCCCCACACCUGACCAGAUGUCCCUGGAGUUCAAGAGCCUCAUCAACAAACUGAAGAGAGAUUUUAAGGACGAGGGCCACUCCAUCUUGUCAACACUCAGAGGACUCAUACACCACUAUGGAGGACCAGGGGCUAGUAAAGACCCCAGACUGCAGGCAGUGCAGUCUGAGCUGGAUCAGAGGAGGACAGAGUGGGGCCUCAGCCUGGAGCAGUUGGACCAGUACACCGACUCCCUGGAGAAAGAACUGAUCAAGAUGGCCAACAGCAUAAGGAGGUCCCGCACUGAGAUACUACACCUGUCGGUCAGGGUUCAGGAGCAGGAGAAUCAGAAGCGGCAGCUGCGUGAAGAGUUGGACCAGCUAAAUACCCCGGGGGACAGCAGGGAGGCCAGCUGCCAGACUCCUGACGAGGACACACAGGCUGGGGAGGACCUGGACUGGGACGAGGAGUUUGUCCUCCAAGGCUUCCUGAAGAACGAGGGGGUGGAGACGUACAGGGACUUCAAGAGUCAGGAGACGGGACCGACGGCGGAGGACAGACUGACAGAGAGAGGGGACCAGCCUGGAGAAGGGGAGGUUGGGGAGAGGUGGACUGUGGUGGGGGGAGAGGGACCAGAGGGGGGACUGAGGGGGAUCUCCCUUCUCUCUCCUCUCUCGGAACAAAGUGAACCCGACCAGACGGAGGGAGAGGAUCUGAGAGAAGCCACAGUGGCAACAGACAGUGACCAGAGGGUGAACGGUCUAUCCCCACAGGGUGCCAAACUACCAGAAUGCUUUGGGCUUGAGGACGCCCACCAGCAUGCUGUUGACACCGAGGAGCAUCCACUCCCUCCCUCCCACUCUUCUCUAUUGGAUGCAAUGAGCCCUGACACCAUAGUGCCCCUUCUUCAAGACACACCUCAGCCUGGCUCACCAGAACACGACAGGACCAUCACUGCUGGGAACAGUCCACCCCCCAGGCUGGCUGAGAUGGUAUCUCCCAGCUGCACUUACCCUGUGAUGGAUGAGACCAUUUUACUGACUGGCAGCCCCCAGCAGACAGACGGCAGUGAAAGAGGAAAAGGAGAGGACAUCACCACCUCGACCAAUAUGAGUGACACACAGAAGCAAACCAAGGACCAGUUGGCUGAGAGAGUGCUAGCAGAGGACAGCACCAGCCUGUUACCAGUACUGGAGGAGGAGGAGGACACACAGGAGUCGGUGGUGCAGGUGCCUACAGUGGAAGUGGACUUGUCAGGGACAGUUAGUCUGGCAGGGGACAAAGGCUCUCAGACCAUGGAUGGACUGAAUGUUGCGCCCACUGACCCAUCACAGGGUCCAAGGGAUGCUACGACGCCUGACCCCUCAGGAGCCAAAAUGGACUCCCUGGUUCUCAGGAGCAAGUUCAAGAAGGAACUGGAGCUGUCUCGCAGUAUGGAUGUCAUCGAGGAAGGGAAGGUACAAGAGGACCAGAGUGAAACCAGUGUUACCACAGAGAAGGACAUUGAAACCUCUGUUUCUGAGGACUCAACUGUAGGGGACAGAAGCAGCCUGUCCCCUAACGACAAGGAGAUUGAGGUAGUGACGGAGUUCCAGCGCCUGUCCCUGGGCUUUAAGUGUGACAUGUUCACCCUGGAGAAGAGGCUGAGGCUGGAGGAGAGGUCACGGGACCUGGCAGAGGAGAAUGUCCGGAGGGAGGUGUCCAGUUGCCAGGGACUACUACAGGCCCUGGCCCCUCUUUGUGAGGAUGAUAACCAGUCUAUGGACAUCAUCCAGAGACUUCAGAAGAACCUGGACAUCCUCAUCCAGGCCAUGACCAGAGUGUCCAGUCGCUCAGAGAUGCUGGGCGCCAUACACCAGGAGUCUCGUACAGGCAAGGCAGUAGAGCUAAUGAUCCAGCAUGUAGAGAACCUGAGGAGGAUGUACACUAAGGAACACGCUGAGCUCACUGAGCUGAGGGAGAACAUGCUGCAGAACGAGAGGUCCUUCGGAUCCCACUCUGGAGGAACACACUCAGAUGAUUUCAGAGGCAAGAAACAAUCUGGAGCAACGUCCUAUAAGGCAUCAGCCCGACGGGUCAGCAUAGCAGCUAUCCCCCGGUCCGGUGGGGGAGGGGGACCCAUGCAUUUUGACAUGCCUAACAAACCACAGGACACCACAGAGACGGAGGCGGAGAGACUCACCCGCAGAUCUCCCUGUCCCAUCCUGGCAGAGCAGGCCGCAGCAGCCCCGUGUUUGGGCUACUCCUCCCGGCCUGCGUCUGCAGCCAGCGGGUCCCGGGGACUGUGGCUCUGGCUGGCCCUAGUAGUGGUCCUAGCAGGCCUCCUGGCCCUCCUAGCCAGCCUGGUGCUGCAGCCGGCCGUGGAUGGAGCGCCUGUGGGGACCGGGGACUCCUGGGUGACCAUCCAGCAGCUCCUGUGGCCCUACACAGGGCUGAGGCAUAACGGACAGCCACCGGUUUAGAGGGGCUGUGGCCCCAACAGACAGGGAUGGACGGGCAGGCAGGCAUCUGGCUAUGGUCAACCCCUGGAAGGUCUUCUUCUGCAACUUGAACCAUGUGUGUUAGACUAGUUAGUGUGUGAAGACAGGAGCAGUCGGUGUGUUGGUACUGGGGCUACUGAACACUGACCACCACAGAUUUCCUAUUGAUGCCCGGAGACAUUCUACAGCGCCGUUACGGAAGGGGGAUUGUAAUGUUGUUGGCCGUUGUAUAUGUGAGCACAAUGUUGACCAAUCAAGUCAAGGACACCAGCAUUGGGCUGUCCAAUCAUGUAAUGGACUUCAGCGCAUGCUAUCCAAUCACGUCACACCUUUUUUGAGCGUUUGUUGGUCCAUCAUCCUAUGGACAUCAACAUGCUUGCUCAUGGACGGUGGAUUUAGCCGUUUUUACUUUUUAAAAUGCAUUACAUAGUAAACUUCUGAGUAUUAUGGCGGUUGCCUGAAGAGGCCACCAUUUUUAACAAUUAAAAUGCAAUUUUUUUUAUGUUUAAUUUAUCGUUUGACAGCGUUAGACUGUGUAUCUAUUAUAAUGCGUCUUUUUGUUAUAACCAGCGUUUUGUUACAAACUCAUACAAAUGUUUUUUACUCUACUUUAAGUGCUCACUUAUGAAAUUCAUCCACUUUUGUAUGUUCCAAAGAGGGAGUCAAACUUUACACAAUAAAGGAACUUUAUUCUACAGAAAUAA